UGCUUGCAUUGCAUUCAUAUCAUACAGCAGAAAAUAAACUUUCCUUUAACAAUGUAUGUCAGACUAGUAUCAGAUUGGAUAAAGUGAUCUGCUGUUCAACAAGCUAUAAAUACAUUUAGAAUUUAGACUUGGAUAAAUAUAGUUCAGAAAAGCCCACAGUGAUGACAGCACAUCGCCAACAAAGGCAGUUGCGUCGCUCAGUGGUUGUUCUUACUGUUCUGUGCUUCUGGGAGACAAACACUUACAGACCAGUAUGACUCUGCUAUGGAAGAUCUUAUUGGGAAUCUUUCUCACUGGACGACUCAGUCAAAGUCAAGACCUUCCAGAGGAGAAUAUAGAGCAGACAGUGUUGAAUGAAGGGACUGAGGGAGGAGUGGACAUGGAAGAGCCUGAGGGUCCGGGAACAGAUAUCAGUCAACCUGAUCAUAGACAGCCAUGUGCCAUGUGGAUGGGAGGUGUUCCUGGCACACCUGGGCACAGUGGUAAACCUGGAAAAGAUGGCAGAGAUGGGCGUGAUGGACCGAGGGGUGAGAAAGGAGAUAAAGGUGAAGCAGGUGAGAAAGGAGAUCCUGGACAGAAGGGAGACAUUGGCCUUGCUGGACCAAGAGGCUUUCCUGGGAACCCAGGUCUGAAAGGGGCCCGUGGUGAAAGUGCUUUGUCUUACCAUUCAGCCUUUAGCGUAGGUCUGAGUGAGCUUGUUCCCACCACCAAUGGGCCAAUCCGCUUCAACAAGUUCUUCUACAAUGACCAGCACCAUUAUGAUGACGUUUCCGGAAAGUUCCGCUGUGUUCUGCCAGGAGUAUACUUCUUUACUUAUCAUCUCACCGUCUACACUAAAGAUGCUAAAGUCAGUCUCUAUAUGAAUGGCAAGACCAUCAUGUUCACCUUUGACCAAUACCAAGAGACCAACGUGGAUCAGGCAUCAGGUUCUGUUAUCUUGCGUUUGGAGGCGGGAGAUGAGGUAUGGCUGCAAGUCUAUGGAGAUGAGGCAUUUGGGGGAGUUUAUGCAGAUAACACCAACGAUUCUACCUUCUCCGGUUUCCUCCUGUAUCCUGAUGUUCCUGCAUCUGCACUGAGACGUUGACAAUACCUAAAUUCAUUUAUUUGGUUAUUUUUAGCAUAAUUAGAUGCGAUUCAUUUUUGCACCAAGCUAUAGUUAUGUGGUUCACCAACGUACUGCAUGUCAUUUGAAAUCCAUUUUUUAUUGCUGUUUUACAGAGCUUCAGACAUAAUGAAUCUGUUUUUGUUUUUGAAUGCCUGUUUGAUAAUAAUAGUGUAGUCCCUAUAAUAACUAACAUAUGAUUAAAAAAUGUUGAUGGGUUGCCAAGUUUAGAGAUAUCUCCUAUAAAAUCAAUCAAAAUGUUACCAGACCAAUGGAAGGGUUUUUUAUUUUUUUAUUUUUUUUUACCACUAAGCAGGCAGCUGCAUCUUGGACAGUGAUUUCAAUUAAUAUAUUGACAUUUCUAUUCUGUUUUUCAACUUUUUUUCAACUUUUUUUUCAACAAUUUAUUUAUAUUUUUGAAAACUUCCUGUAUCAUAUUCAAUACAUGAAUUUCUAAGGCCUCUAUAAUCUCAGCAUGGUUAUUUAGCCUAUUUGCCUUUUGUCAUCUGAUUGAUAGUUAAAAGAUUAUACUAAGUAAAAUGUUCUUCAUAGUUUUUUAUUUUUUUUUUUUUUUUUUUUUUUAUCCUCCUUCAGGUCAUGGAACACAUCUUUUUCCUCUGUGCUUCAGGCUUUUGAGAAAUGGUUAUUUGUACAUCACUCAAUCAUCUAAACUCAAUCAUCUAUACAUCUAUAAUUGCAUUUGAUGUUUUCCCCCCACAAAGACUACAUACAGAUACAUACAUACAACUUAUGCUUUAUUGUUUGAUAUCAGAUUAUGCAAACUUAAAAAAAAAAUGUCUCAUAUCUUUUAUACACACUAGUCUGUUAUAGUCACAAUAAGAAUGUACUACUUUUAUUAUUCUUCUGAAUCUUUUAUGUUUUUUUUCUACAAUACUUAUUUCGAAGUGCCAUUCAGUGGUCAGAUUUUCAUCGUUGUCCAUAUGGCUGUUAUCUGAAAUCACCCCCAAAAUACCCCCACUCACUUACAUUACUCCACUAAUAAAGUCCAAUGAAUGAG